AUGUGUGGCUCAAGUACGGGCAGAAGGAACUGUCUGGCGGAAUCUAUACGCGGUAAGAGCAGGUUGAGCCAGUACGAUAGGUUAGAACCAGGUGAAUCACUAGUGCUUCAGACUGGUUCGUUCUCACCGACACCCUUGCAAGCAACGGGCUACGUGUGGCUCAAGUACGGGCAGAAGGAGCUGUCUGGCGGAGUGUACACGCGGCACCACCUCUGCUGCGCACAGAGGGACUCAUCGCUCGAGUGCCAUGCCAACUACUGCGCACUAGGGGCGAAUCGUGGACUUCUACUAGAUUGCGUCCGUGUCUCUCCCUUCGGACCUCCACCUCCUCCCUCCUUCCCACAUUUCCCACCUCUCCGCCCUCCCUCUCUCCUUCCCCCUUCUCCCUGUCCUUCUCCCUCCCCUCUCCCUCGCCCCUACCACCUCCCUCCCACUCCACCCCCCUUUACACCCCCCAGGCACUACUUUUUCUGCGCACAGAGGGACUCAUCGCACAAGCACUACUUCUGCUGCGCACAGAGGGACUCAUCGCACGAGUGCCAGGCCAAGCGCAUCGUCGACUUCAACAAAAUCGCCUCUGACGGCCCGCACUACUUCUGCUGCGCACAGAGGGACUCAUCACACGAGUGCCAGGCCAAGCGCAUCGUCGACUUUAACAAGAUCGCCUCAGACGGGCCUCUGGGCCUCUCAUACGUUGGAGAGCACAACCACCCGCCGCUGCUGCACAGCGAACCCUUCACCCUCAACCCCUCGCACCCCACGCAUCCCUCGCAGCCCACCACUCCUACCACUCCGACAAUUCUCGGGGCGCCGCAACUAUCAUCCAUGCCCGCGGCACCCAUGGCAGGAGGUGCAGGUGGCGAUGCGUCCAGAUGCGCUGCAUCUAACGAGACAAUUCUUGGGGCGCCUCAAUCAUCGUCCAUGGCCAUGGCACCCAUGGCAGGAGGUGCAGGAGGCGAUGCGUCCAGAUGCGCUGCAUCUAACAAGACGAUUCUUGGGGCGCCUCAAUCAUCGUCCAUGGCCAUGGCACCCAUGGCAGGAGGUGCAGGUGGCGAUGCGUCUAGAUUAAAUGCAUCUGCGUUGGGGCUGCAUGGUGGGUCAAGUUUAAGGCCGGACGGUGGCACAUCAGGGGCGGUGGAGCAACAAGUGCAAGGGAUGAUGGGCGCCGCGCAAGCGUACGGCUUGUGGGCACAGACUGCAGCAGUGGCCGCAACAGGAGCAGCAGUGGCCGCAGCAGCAGCAGCAGCAGCAGCAGCAGCAGCAGCAGCAGCAGCAGCAGCAGCAGCAGCAGCAGCAGCAGCAGCAGCAGCAGCAGCAGCAGCAGCAGCAGCAGCAGCAGCAGCAGCAGCAGCAGCAGCAGCAGCAGCAGCAGCAGCAGCAGCAGCAGCAGCAGCAGCAGCAGCAGCAGCAGCAGCAGCAGCAGCAGCAGCAGCAGCAGCAGCAGCAGCAGCAGCAGCAGCAGCAGCAGCAGCAGCAGCAGCAGCAGCAGCAGCAGCAGCAGCAGCAGCAGCAGCAGCAGCAGCAGCAGCAGCCGCCGCAGCAGCAGCAACAGCCUUGGCAGCAGAAUCAACCCUUCUCCACCCUCCCUCAUCCCAGCAGAAGCCAAUCCUUCCACGAAAGUUCCUAUUCAACCACCCCAUUGUCAUCCCCUCCCACGCGGACCUCCACUCCCCUCCCACCUCCACCGUACUCAAAACCAACCGCCCCACGUUCCCUCACCCCUCCAGCAGCAGCAGCAGUAGCAACAAGCGAGGGGGCCUUUCAGCGGGUGCAGCAGCAGUGCUGCCAGUAAAGCAAGAAGGCACAACCAGCACUGGCAGCAGCAUGGGUGGGGUGUCACUGGUGCAAGAGGUGGUGGGUGGUGGUUUGAACAGCAGCAGUAUCCCAGGGGUGCCUCUGAUGCAAGAAAUGGUGGGAGGUGGUGGUAUGCAGGGAGCGUCUCUGGCACAAGGCAUGGAUGGUGGUGUCUCGGGAGGGUCUUUGCUGCAAGGGAUCAUGGGUGGGCUUUCCAGCGGUCCAGGCCUUCCCAACCUUCCUGUGGUUCAUAGUCUUUCUGGCUUUGCUGGCAUGCCUGCCAUUGUCUCUGUUGGUGGGGUUCCGGGCGUUCCCAGCGUUCUCAACGUUCCGAGCGUUCCCAGUGUUUCUGGGAUUGCCGGCGUGCCCGCCGCCGUUCCCAGCGUUGCCUGCGUGCCUGGAUCUGCCGGCAUGCCUGGCAUUGUUGGCGUGCCUGUCAUUCCUGGCGUGCCUGUCAUUCCUGGCGUGCCCAGAGUGUCUAUGGACGUGUUGAAUCAGCUGCUGAACGAGGAGUGUACCCUCGGGCCCUCUGACCCGAUGCUGCAAGGGGGAGACCUCAUGCAGCUGCUCGGCAUGCACCUGCUGCAGCAGCAGCCGCAGCAGCAGCAAGGAAGUCAUUUGCAGCAGCUACAGCAGCCACAGCAGCAGGAGAUGCUGCAGCAGCAGCAGGAGAUGCAGCAGCAGCAGCAGCAGCAGCAGCAGCAGCAGCAGCAGCAGCAGCAGCAGCAGCAGCAGCAGCAGCAGCAGCAGCAGCAGCAGCAGCAGCAGCAGCAGCAGCAGCAGCAGCAGCAGCAGCAGCAGCAGCAGCAGCAGCAGCAGCAGCAGCAGCAGCAGCAUAACUGGUAUGAGCAGCAGCAAUUUCCCUUGUCGCACGCAGCAGCAGCAGCAGCAGCAGCAGCAGCAGCAGCAGCAGCAGCAGCAGCAGCAGCAGCAGCAGCAGCAGCAGCAGCAGCACCAGCAUCAGCAGCAGCAGCAGCAACACCAGCACCACCACGAGCAGCACCACAACCAGAACCAGCACCAGCAGCAACGGCAGAACCAGCAACAGCAGGAACACCAAUACCAGCAGCAACAUCAGAGCCAGCAACAGCAGCAACACCACAAGCAGCAUCAUCAGCCGCAACAGCAGCACUGGCAGCAGCAGCAGCAGCAGCAGCAGCAGCAGCAGCAGCAGCAGCAGCAGCAGCAGCAGCAGCAGCAGCAGCAGCAGCAGCAGCAGCAGCAGCAGCAGCAGCAGCAGCAGCAGCAGCAGCAGCAGCAGCAGCAGCAGCAGCAGCAGCAGCAGCAGCAGCAGCAGCAGCAGCAGCAGCAGCAGCAGCAGCAGCAGCAGCAGCAGCAGCAGCAGCAGCAGCAGCAGCAGCAGCAGCAGCAGCAGCAGCAGCAGCAGCAGCAGCAGCAGCAGCAGCAGCAGCAGCAGCAGCAGCAGCAGCAGCAGCAGCAGCAGCAGCAGCAGCAGCAGCAGCAGCAGCAGCAGCAGCAGCAGCAGCAGCAGCAGCAGCAGCAGCAGCAGCAGCAGCAGCAGCAGCAGCAGCAGCAGCAGCAGCAGCAGCAGCAGCAGCAGCAGCAGCACCAACAGCAGCAGCUCUUCUCGAAUCAGCUGAUUGGCAUCGCGGAGCACAUACCAAGCUCAUUCAUUGA